AAACCAGCACGCAUGAUGGAUAAGGAAGUGAUCCAAGCUGCUGGAUCUCCUUAAAGUCGGGUGCCGUGCUCUGCUGCAGAGAGGAGAGAGAGAGACCCACUGGUGGAUGCUUUCAUUUCCUCUUGAUGUUCUUUCUUUCCAGGGCAAUGCCCAGCCCAUUUCCUCAACUUUACAGAUAAACUGGAUCAUGCAAGGCUGCCUUAAAAAACAAAACAAACAACCUUGCAGUUAACGUAGCAGAAAGUUUGCGAAGAGCUACGGCGGAAGAAGAUUGUCUGUACCUGAAGUUGCUUCCACAGGGAAGAGAAGGACCCCGCUGUAAACUUAGUGCAUGAAAUAUUUGCAUAUAUAAGAGUGAUCGAGAAUUGGGACCAUGCUCAGCUUUAGUGCCUGAAUUAACUUGAUUGCAAGUGAUUUGCAUUCUGUUGUUGUGGACCUUCAGAGAUCAGUACAUAGCAGUGAAAAUGAAGAAUCUUUUUAUUUGCUUGACUUUCAUCUUUGUGAUCUUCUGUGUUCAGUAUGGAUCAGCUGAAAAUACUUGUAAAAUCACAAAUGAAAUGGCAGACUGUAGUCACUUGAAGUUGACCCAAAUUCCUUCCUAUCUUCCAGCAAACAUAACAGCCUUGGAUAUUUCUCAUAACCAGCUAAAAACACUGCUACCUACAAACCUUACAAAGUACAGUAAGCUUGUUUACUUGGAUGCAGGAUCCAACGCCAUCUCUAAACUACAUUCAGAACUUUGCCCAAAUUUGCCAUUGCUAAAAGUGUUGAAAUUGCAGCAUAAUCAGUUGCAUUUACUUCCUGAUAAUAUGUUUACUUAUUGUACCAAUCUGAAAGAGCUUAAUUUGGGAUUCAACAUAAUAGAAAUAAAAAAUGACCCUUUCAAAAAUCUAAAGAAUUUGAACUUGUUGGAUGUCUCUCAUAAUCGUCUAAGCACUGCAAAACUAGGAUCUCAGCCACAGCUGAAGAGUCUUCAAGAGCUUGUCAUGUCGGAGAAUAAAAUUGCUGAGUUAAAGAAAGAAGACCUGUACUUCCUUAGUAACACUUCAUUAAUAACAUUGGACUUGUCAUCAAACCCCCUAAUGGAGUUUCAGUCGGGCUGUUUCCAUGCUAUUGGAAACUUAUAUGGUCUUAUCCUGAACAAAGUUCAACUGACUCAUGUCCUCACAGAGAAAGUUUGUUCAGAAUUAUCUGACACAAGUAUUCGGAAUCUUUCACUGAGCCAAGUACAACUCUCACGGAUUUCUGACUCUACCUUCAGAGGACUGAAUAAAACAAAACUUGCCAUUUUGGACCUAUCUAAUAAUGGUUUGUCCGUGGUUGAAAAUGACUCUCUUACCUGGCUUUCCAAUCUGGAGAUCUUAAAUCUAGAGAAUAAUAAGAUUACACAUCUGUUUUCCCAUUCCCUCCAUGGAUUGUACAAUGUGAAUUAUCUGAAUUUGAGAAACUCGGGUAUCAAGAAAGUUGAUGAUUUUGCUUUUGUUGGUCUAAAAUCUUUAGGACAUCUUAUUAUGGAUGGCAACAGCUUUCCUCAGAUUACUCCUAACACGUUCAAGGGUUUAGACAACUUGAAAAACUUGAGUUUAAGCACUUGCACUAUUACCUUGGGAACAAUAACCAAUAGAACAUUUUCAUCACUUGCGAAUUCUCCUUUGCAGCUUCUCAACUUAACAAAAACUAAAAUCACUUCUAUUGAGGCGGGGGCCUUUUCUUGGCUAGGACAGCUAAAAACACUGGAUAUGGGUUUAAAUGGAAUUAGGGGCCAACUCACUGGUCAGGAAUUUAAAGGGCUUAAUAGGAUUGAGACGCUUUAUCUUUCUUACAACAGUGGGCUAACACUGGCAUCCAAUUCAUUUGUUCUCAUUCCAAGCCUUAGAAAGCUGGGACUAAGGAGGAUAGGUUGCAGUAAUCUUGCCCUCUCCCCCUCACCAUUCCGUAUGUUAACAAAUUUGACCGUCUUGGAUAUCAGUAAUAACAAUAUUGCUGACAUAAAAGAUGACCUAUUUGAUGGACUCCACCAGCUUGAAAUUCUGAAUAUGCAGCAUAAUAAUCUGGCUCGACUUUGGAAGCAUGCAAACCCAGAUGGCCCUGUCCUCUUCUUAAACAACCUCCAGAAGCUGCAUCUGCUUGAUUUGGAAUCCAAUGGCUUUGAUGAGAUUCCAGUAAAGGCUUUCCAUGGCUUAUCUCAAUUAAGAAGCUUGCAUUUAGAAUCCAAUAAUUUGAAUUUGCUCCCAGAGUUUGUCUUUGAUGACCUGACAUCUCUGAACUCACUGUUCCUCCAGAAGAACCUCAUCACAUCUGUAGAAGAAAAUGUAUUUGGAAGAGUUUUUAGAAACUUGGAAAUGUUAGAUGUGGGGAUCAAUCCUUUUGACUGCACUUGUGAAAGUAUAGCUUGGUUUGUUGACUGGCUGAAUGUGAGCAAAACAUAUGUCCCAGAUUUAAAUAAUUAUCUAUGUAACACCCCUUCUAAAUACCAUAACAGUGUGGUGGCACAUUUUGAUACCUCGCCAUGUGAUAGUGCCCCUUUUCAACUGGUCUACAUUGUGACUACUUCUUUGAUAUUGCUUCUCAUCUUUGUAGUCCUACUUGUGCACUUUGAAGGCUGGAGAAUCAAAUUCCUCUGGAGUGUGUCUGUAAACAGAGUCCUUGGUUUUAGAGAAAUAGACAGACCACAGCAACAGUUUGAUUAUGAUGCCUAUGUUAUCCAUGCCAGAAAAGACAAGAAUUGGGUGUCCAGUAAUUUUAUUCCACUGGAAGAAGAAAACAAUCAACCAGUAAUUAGGUUUUGUUUAGAGGAACGAGAUUUUGAAGCUGGAAUAUCUGAAUUUGAAGCUAUCAUUAACAGUAUAAAGAGGAGCAGGAAGAUUAUAUUUGUUGUAACAGAACAUCUCUUGAGAGAUCCCUGGUGCAAAAGGUUCAAGGUGUAUCAUGCCAUACAGCAAGCUAUUGAGCAAAGCCGGGAUUCCAUCAUACUGGUUUUUCGACAGAAUAUUCCUGAUUACAAAUUGAAUAGUGCACUUUGUUUACGAAGAGCAAUGUUCAAAUCUUGCUGCAUCUUGGAGUGGCCAGCACAGAAAGAACGAGUCAGUGCAUUUUACCAGCAGUUAAAACUGGCACUUAGAUCUAGUAGUAGAAUACAGUGACAUUCUAAAAAGAUUGUAUUAAACAAUGUUGGAUAUUGCCUUCAACAACCAAAAUACGAUCCUGAAGAAUAUAAUAUGAAAAGUAAGGAAAGCAAAACCUCCCUAGAGGCUUUUUUUUUCUUGUGACCCAAACAUAUAGAAUGCAUAGAAUCGUGAAUGAUACAAACUAGGUACAGUUCUACUAGAUGCAGAAUGUUGUAAAGCAUGCUGAAGGAUGGAAGCAGCAGGCUGACAUCUCCAAACCAUAAGAGAAGACGGGAGGAGCCAGAGCUCAGUGGCUGAGGUGCUCCUGAUGCCAAAGGACAUGCUCUGUGUGCAGAAAGUCCCAGGUUUAAUCCCUGGCCUCUCCAGGAGGGCUGAGAAAAACCUCUGUCUGAGAGUCGCUGCCUGUCAGCAUAGGCAAUAAUAUUGACCUAGAUGGACCAAUGUUCUGCUCAGCUUUACUUUUUAGUCGUUGGGUAGAACACUGCUUGCACAUUUUUCUUUGUAUGAUUAUUAAAAACAGUCAUGAGGAAAUCUGUAUUUCACUUUUAACAUGCUUAAGGGCAAUCUAUUGCUAACAUAUAUCUGAUUACUUCAUAUUGUAUUAGGAGUGUGUGUGUGUGUGUGUGUGUGUGUGUGUGGACAUUUUGUUGAAGAUGGCUGAAAUCUGGCUAAAGUGCUUCAUGCAACCCUGAGAUGGCUUCAAGAUGAUCCUGAAAGCACAGGUGCAGGUGUUCAUUGUGACUGACACUGCAGGAAGUGUAGUUGCAUGCCGAGGUGAAAUGCCAACAUAAAACAAGCAGGUGUGCUUCUGGAGAACACCAACAGAAAACAUCCAGGCAAAUGAUGUGUGUACUCAGAGCUCCUAUUCAUCAAAACUUCCUUAAACCUGGCCAGUUUAAGUGUUGCAUGUUGUAAGUAUGAGUGACUAGGAAUCAUUUAAGUAACAUAAUAGGGUGUUUUCCUUACAAUAAAUCAGUUACUUGUG